AUGACAGGUGGGAUUUCUGAUCCGGAACCCCCGAGGGUCGUUAAGGGUGACGACAUGAGCCUCGACAGCGACAGUAGUCCUACAGCGGAGUCAUCGAACAACUCCUCCCAACUGGGCCCUGUGGAAAUCAUCAGGGCUGAAUUCACUAAGGGAAAUCGGCCUGUGAUAGGAUCACCGAUAUGGCCUUAUGUAUUAGUGCGAGAGAGUCGCUUGCGUGGCGAUGAAAAAAAUGUCUUAUCUGGUAUUAUUUUAUCACACCAAUUUGAUAAAAAAAAAUCGUAA